ACUAUAGUCACCAUUUGUAAUAUGUUGGUUUUUUUAAUGCAUUAUGACACUUCUCUGUUUACAUAAAACGCACAAAUGGGUUAUUUGACUGGAUUUUGCCAAGUAUUUGAUUCUAUAGAGGAACCAUAUUUCAGUGAGUAGAGCACAUGUUUUGCAUGCAAAAUAUUAUAGGUUAAUUCAGUAUAAAUGAAACUUGGGUAAUAAGGUGGGGGAAAACCUCUCCUUGAGACCUUGAAGAGCUGGUGCCAGUCACAAUAGUAGCAGGGGCAAGUAACUUGUGGCCUUACAGGUAUUUUUGGACUCCCAUCAGCCUCAGCUAACAUGGCCAUUGUUCAGGAAUUAUGGGAGUUGAAGUCCAGGAAUAUCUGGACCAAUAAUCUUACACCAUAUAAGACAGUUUCGUAUGUUUGUGCAGCAAAUGAAAUAGUUGUUAUGAAUAUUGAUUGGUUGCAGAACUCACCAAAAUAUGUAGCACAGUGUUUCUCAAACUUGGGUCCCCCGCUGUUAUUGGACCACAACUCCCAUCAUCCCUGCUAGCAGGACCAGUGGUCAGUGACGAUGGGAGUUGUAGUCCAACAACAGCUGGUCACUCAAGCUUGAGAAACACUGAGCAGUGAAUAAACUUUCGACAGCAGAAAAAGAAAUAAUGGUCUCUUGACUGAUUGAACAACAGAGUUGCUGGCCAAUGCUAAGCUACAUUGUACACAGACGGUACCUAAUUGUGUGGUAGGCCUGAGCUUUGUUUUCAAAAUGCAAAAGGCCAUGGUAAUUGGGGGGUAAGUUUACUGCCAUCCCUACUUGGUCACCUUGAGAUUUGCCACCAACAAAACUUUAUUAAUGUGCGGAGUCUUUUCCUUUGAUAAUGCAUGGUAGUUGUCUUUCUCUUUUUUAAGCUGUUUAAAAAGUUAUAUUGUCUAACUGGUUGGGUGUGAAACCUGGUUCGGGAUGGUGUUUUGUGUCUGUAGUCAAAACAGUUGGCGGCUGCAAGCGUGCUGCUUACUGGAGCAGAGUCGCCUGCCUCGUUUCCAGCCUUUGCAGAAUACUUAAUCAUAUCGCUGUCAUUCUCUGACAGUGUCCGUAACGUGAAUCAUUUCAUGUUCCAGCAGUACAAGUUGUUUACAGUCGCCCUAGAAUUGGAUUAACUUGGCAGACUGGGCCUCGGUAACGAAGACACGGUUCAAUGUGUAAGCCUUCCCCAUCUCCAGCUUCUCCACCCUGCAAUUCCAGGGCAUCAUUUAUACAGAUGAAACCGAGAUCCUGUAUCAGCGGCCAUAACCCUGUCAAUAACAACUCAAAGCCAUUCAAAACGCCCAAAGACAAUCUAAUUACCUCCACUAGCAAACAGCACAUGGUCUUUUCUUCGAAAGUAUCAAGGGAUAAACCUUGUGUUCCUGUUCCCGUAGUCAGUCUAGAGAAAAUUCCUAACCUAGUGAAGGCAGAUGGUGCCAAUGUUAAAAUGAACUCUGCAACCACUACCACCAGCUCCACCUCCUCGGCCUCUUCAUCUACCACAUCCACUCCAAUUAAAUCUGCUUUGACAUGUAAAUCGGUGCCACCAUCGCCAGAAAAGAUUUUGAAUGGCAAAGGCGUCAUAGCUCCAUCAAUAGACAAGAAACACCAAAACGGCACUAAAAACAGUAACAAGUCUUACAAGAGAGUUUCAGAAAGAGAGUUUGACCCAAAUAAACAUUGUGGAGUAUUGGAUCCUGAGACAAAGAAACCCUGCACAAGAUCACUCACCUGCAAGACUCAUUCACUUAAUCACCGGCGAGCAGUUCCAGGCCGUAAAAAACAGUUUGACAUUCUUUUAGCUGAACACAAAGCUCGAUCACGGGAAAAAGAAGUAGCAAAAGACAAGGAGCAUCCGCAAUGUAUAAGGGAAACUCAUCAGCCCCAGCCUGUGCUAGUCCAAGACACUCUGUCGGGAACAUCAGUGAACUCUGGGCAAGAGCCCAAAGGAACGUCGCCUGCAAAAUCAAGACUGCCCAAUUCAGCAUUUCCUAGGCCUUCCUCUGCAAACAGCAUAAAUAGCACUAGUUCUUCAAACCAUGGUGGUUAUGCUCCAGAACUGCCUCUGCCUUCUAUGGGAGGAGAUCUGCCUAGCAGAUUAUCUAGUGACGAGGGCGAAGUGGAGGGAUCCGAAGACUCUGAGAAGUUAGACUGUCACUAUUCCGGACACCAUCCUCGACCUCUUGGGUUUUGUUCAUUUGGAAGUCAUUUGAUGGGAAGAGGUUACUACGUGUUUGACAGAAGAUGGGAUCGUUUUCGACUAGCACUGAAUUCCAUGGUAGAAAGACACUUAAACUCACAGAUGUGGAGGAAAAUCCCUCCUGCGGUGGAUAGUCCGAUGCCCUCUCCAGCAGCACAUAUCUCCACCCCUUUUCCAGCAUCGGUUUUGCAACCUUUCAGCAACCCUAGUGCAGUGUAUAUUCCUUCGGCGCCCGUCAGUUCAAGAAUACCUUCUUCCUACUUGAUGACUUCUGCCAUGUUGUCCAACGCGGCUUUUGUGACUGCAUCGGAUACGAAUUCCAUUAUGUCGCACACUACGGCAUUCCCUCACGUGGCUGCCAGCCUGAGUAUUAUAGACUCGACAUUUAAGACCCCGUCGGCCAUGUCACCUGUGCCAGCGGUUAUCCCUCCCCCAUCCCACAAGCCAUCCAAAACGAAAACCAGCAAAUCCUCAAAAGUCAGAGAUCUCUCGUGCCGCGGUGAUGAGUCUUCUAGCAACAAAAAGAAAAGGCCGCCCUCUUCUUCUUCCUCGCUGUCUUUGCAGACUUCCUCGUCCCCCUCCUCUUCCUUUUCAGGGUCUCACAAAAAGAACUGCGUCUUGAACCCCAGCUCGAGCUUGAACUCUUAUCAGGCCACAUCUUCCUAUAACAGUCUGUCUGUGCACAAUGCAAACAAUGGAACAACCCCACUCAGUGCCAAAUCGGAGCCCUCGGGAGGACGGACUUCGUUAUCAAGUAGCUCAGCAGACUCGGUCAAACACAUGAGCAUCGUAGUAAACAGUAUUGACUCUUCCGGUUUGUCUGUGCCCUCCCUCCUCCACCAUUCAGGGGACCACUCCCUAACAGCACACAACGCCGUGUCCUCUCUCCCCCUUUGUUUUGAUAAAUCGGAAGGGAAGAAACGCAAAAACUCUAAUUCUAGUAGCAAAGCCUGUAAAAUCACUAAAAUGCCUGGUAUGAAUAGCGUUCACAAAAAGAGCACUGCCAAUCUUAUUCCUACGGUGCCAGAUACUCCAAACAGCUCCAUCUCUCGGCAGAUUGGAAAAAAUAGCAGUGUAGCUUUGUCUCAGUCCAGUCCUUCAAGUACACAGAACCCAGUGCACAACAAACAAAAGACGUUAAACCGGACUGGUAGGAUAAGGACUCUUCCAUAACAAGGAAAAGCAACCAGCCUAUAUUCUCUCUCGUUUUAGCAGCCCUACUCUGGUUUCUUAUUUUAUUUUCUGUCUCUUGCAGAUAAAAUUUACUUAAUAUUUUUGGUGGGUUUUUUAAAAAAAACACAAAUGUUUUUAAAUCUACAUAAAACUGUGGCAUAUUUCAGAUCUUCAAUACACAUCGGCCUCUGAUCUGUGCAAUCUGGUUUGAUUCGGAUUCAAGCUUUUAAAAGCAAAUUGUUGCAUUUCCCCCUUUUUCGUUUCUUGCAACAAAUGACAGCAGUGAACAUUCCGAAAUAAUGCAAUGUGUGGUUAUAUUUUAAACACCCCUUCAUUGUUAAAAAUCUACAGUAACUUCUGUAUUUAUUAUUUAUUAUUGUCCUAGUGCAUUUCUCAGCAGUAUCUAACAACUAUGUGGCCAGAAGUUUCACUGACGUUGUUCAGUGGUUUCAGUGUGCAGCACCUCUUGUUGAUUAUGGUAUUCCUAAUCUGCUCAAUGUACUGAAGGGUUUAUUCAAUUUGUUCCCAGUGAGAUUCAUAGGAGCGCCAUGUGAAAAUUUCCUGUAGAUGGCAGAGCCACAAAGAAUCUAUACUACUGUUUUCCUUAAUGAAACAAUUUGUUCUUUGAAAAGACAGGAGCUGAGCAUACUGAAUUUGUAUCAGUUAGAAUUGCACUGACAAUGUUUUACAGGAAUUACUGCUUUUAAAAAAAAAUUAAGGUAGAUUUUGAAAUCAGGAACUUAAUAAUACUAGGGUACUGCAAAAUUACUACAGAGCAGUUAAUUUUUAUUUCUACAGUGUUAAAAGUGCACUUAAAUGCUGGUUUAUUUACAUCUCAAGGGGGUAGGAAGCCAUUUACUUUUGGGGGGUGGAAGGCUUAAGGAAAUUUUUAAAGCUUAUACAAUGUUUAACAAUUGUAAACAUGGCUAGGCCCUUUGGGGGGGGAAUUAGAAGAUAUUCUUAAAGUAAAAUUUUAUAGUGUUAAUUUUGUAAUUUAUGUUUUGCUAUAUUUGGGAAGUGACAGGAAUAGUUUCAUGAACAAUAUGAAACUUAGGAAAGUUUUAAGCAAUGCUUAUAUUUUUCAUGUACUUUUGAGUUAUGGUUUUAUUGUACAUUUCUUCAGACUGAAAAAAAGUGUACAUAUCUUUGUUAUUUUUGCACAAUUUUUGUCUUCAGUUGUAGGAACAGAGCCUUGUUGACUUUUUUAUAUAUAUAAAAAAAACUAAUUUAUUUUGUGUUGUAUAACUGCAGGAGUUUUAAAAUCUCAGUAAGAAAACACCAUCUGAUAAGUGAACUGCUGUUUUCUACUUCUAGAGGGGAAACAGGGGUGGUGAGAUUCAGUGGCUGCUUCUGAGAAUUAAUGUCACUCAGUGACCGAAGGAACAAUUCAGUCGUGUUAAGAAUUCCUUAGCUCUUAACAUGCAUCUGUUAUGUAAGAAGCUGGACUGGGGAGUGUUCUUUGCUGCUUAUGUAUGUAUCCUUUUAUUUUCAGUGGCAUCGGUCUGAAAGCAUUUUGGAAACCAAGUAAAAACCUCAUACUUUUUUUAUCCCCUGCAUUUUUUAAAAAAAUCACCAAUUGAUUUUAUACGUGCUAAAAUUUCCAGCCUGAAAAGUGAAAUGCAGUUUUU